AUGGUUCGUCCAAAUACAAGUUUAAAACGAAAAACGGUCGAUGCGAAGUUGUCCUCAGCCAAGUCCCCUGAGCAGUUUUGCGUACAGCUUCAACAGAACGGAUAUGAAACGAUGAAAAUGGUCGAUGAAAAUGGAAGGAAAACUGCGACGAAAAAGGCAGAAUGGAUAUUAGCAGAAGAAAAAAAAGGAAGGAAACACUACGACUACAACCUGUCACAAGUUAUCGCCAGAAGAAAAAAGGCUAUGCACAACUCGGCAACACAAUCAUUUCUA